CAAAAGCAGUCGGAAUUUUCCCAGCACUUUCAGCAUGCUGCUGACUCGCUCCUCGGCCCUCUCAGGACACAUUAAGUUCUGGUUUCUGACCUUAGCUGUCCUUGUGGUCCUGGCUCAGACUUCCCCAGAUGGGUGGCUGAGAACGUGCUAUUAUGGAAUGGGCAAAUGCAGAUAUGAAUGCAGGACAACUGAGAAGAAGAAAGAGAGAUGUGGGGACUUAACUUUUUGCUGUAUCCAAAUAGCAAAGUCGAAACUAUAUCACUUGCCUCCAGUCAAAGACCAGUCAAAGAAAGGAAUUUCUGCAUACGCCGUGGUAAAGUUCACAUGGAAUCCAAGGACUCUUGCUGAUGCGGAAUCCGAACAGGCCACCUGGGGAAGACAUAGCCAUGUUUAGUUUCCGUACAGUGGCGAUGUCAGAAGUGAGGAAUUGUUACUGAAAUGAAAUAGUCCCUUUGAGCCCAGGCUCCAGAAUCAAAACAUCUGGAGUCAGACCUGAGCUCUGUUCUUUUCUAGCUCCUUGCUUACACGGCUUCCUUCAAGCCUCUGGCCCUCCACUGUACCAUCUUUACAACGGAAGAACCAACAGGGCCAAGUCCCUAAGGGUUUUGUGAUGAUAAAAUAUCACACAUGGAACAUCCACAAAAUCAUCAAGCAUUUAAUAAGUAAUUAAAGGUUA